AUGAAUUUUAUUUAUAAGUUUUUUAUUGGAAUUUAUGCUUCGACACUCUUAACGUUCGUAGUAAUAAUAUUUCAAUUGGUCUUUCCAAGAUUGGAUAAGUUGGGUAUACUUAAAGUAUCCAAUUUCAUUAAAGGAACCGAAAAAAUACAUCAUACUUACGUUCCAUUAGGACACCCAUCAUUUAAAACUGUCGAGAAUCCACCUGAUGGAAUUCUAAUAUUUCGGUUUGAUAAACCGUUAUAUCAUUUUAAUUCCUCAUAUAUAGAUGAUAAAAUAAUAGCAUAUGCAAAGGACAAGACACGUAAAUAUUAUAAAGCUCAUAAGAAUAAAGGUGAUCGACCUUGGAACGAUUCAAAAGAUACAGAUCCAUUCAAUGAUCCGGUAAAUUUAAAAAAACCAAGACUUAAGGCUGUAAUAUUUGACUUUUCGAUCGUAAGCGUAAUGGAUUCAACUGUUACAGAAAUGCUAAUUGAUCUUAGAAAAGAAUUGGAUAGGUAUAGUCAACGUUCAGUUGAAUUCCAUUUUGCUAAUGUCAUGAAUGAAAAUGUACAAAAUAGUUUGAUUGUUGGAGGAUUUGGAAACGGCAGCAGUAGUGUUAAGGAGGUUAAUGUUGAAGCCACUAGUUCCUCUAAAAAAUUCUUUCAUUUAUCUAUAGAAGAAGCUUUAGAAUGGGCGAAUUCUUAA